AGAUUCUCAAGACGGAGUUUUAAGAGGGUGCCUGCCAACUCAAAGGUCAAUCUUCUGUGGAGUGUUUCAAUGAGAUUCCGCACAGCUAAGCCAUCAGGAACUCUGUUUGAAAUCUCUUUUUCGUCAUCAUCUUCGGUGCCGGAGGUAAGUUAUGUAAAUCAAGAUACAUUUUUUAAAAGCCAUUGAACGUUGAUAUACUUACGUGAACUUUGUUUCUAUUUCAGUUGGUUGAUGGUAAACUGUCGCACAACUACAAAGAGUUGUUGGUUCUCCAA